CUGAGGUGAAGAGAAGGGACGCUAACAGUCAGGACAGGGCAGGUAUCUUAUUAGCUCUGUAAGAGGUGAAGGAUGGGGACUAAACUGGAUCUCUCUGGUCUGACGGAUCUGGAGGCUAAGCAUGUGAUGCAGGUGGUGCAACGGGACAUGCAGCUGCGCAAGACGGAGGAGACGCGGCUCAUUGAAAUGAAGAAGGCGCUGGUUGAGGAGGGCAGUCGGUCUGUCCUGCUGUCACGGCAGCACAGGUUUAAUGAACGCUGCUGCAUCCGCUGCUGUUCUCCCUUCACCUUCCUGCUCAACCCCAAGCGUUCCUGCCUGGACUGUUGCUACAACGUCUGCAAGGGAUGCUGCACCUACAGUAAGAAGGACAAAGGCUGGCUGUGCUCCGCCUGCCAGAAGACCAGGCUACUGAAGACCCAGUCACUGGAAUGGUUCUACAAUAAUGUGAGAAGGCGUUUUAAAAGGUUUGGCAGUGCUAAAGUGUUAAAGAACCUCUACAGGAGGCAUGCGGCCGAGCGUGGAGUGCUAGCAGAGCCUACAGAGGGGAGCACUUGUGAGGAGAGCAUCUGCAAUGAAAGUAGCGUGUAUGAGAGUGACUCCACAUUCUACAGACAAAGUGAAGAGCAUUGCAUGGAGGAGACUAUUAGUGUGGCAAUGCGUGUGGCAGAAGAGGCCAUAGAUGACGCCAUUGCUAAGGCUGAGAGCCAGACUGACAGUCAAGAGAAGCAGAACGAAGCUAAUUAUCUGCGAGAGAAUAGAGCAGAACUGAUAGAGGAACUGGCCAAAACAAUAGUACAGAAAAUUGUCCACCGGAGGAUGGAUCCUUCUGAGAUUCAGUCUGGAUGUAAUCUGGACCUGUUGCCUGACCAGAACAAUGAUGGGACCUCUCCUGAUCCAACUCAGAGUGCCUUCGAUGCUUACCUCUGGAGGUCUUACUCAGCUUUCUGUCUCUUGACUGAUGAGAAAACAGACCAGCAUGCUAACACCGGGUCAAGGCCUUCAGCUUCUAAAAGUCAUGCUCUGGAAAUGAAGAAAGAAGAAACGAUGCCUGUCCAGGCCAUGCCUAGCUGGAGGAGUGUUGACCGAUUGGACAAUUCCAUGUUACAGAGUCCUGAUGGGAACUGGAUUGCUUAUCAGAGCAACUUGCUCUCUCGACCAAGCCUUUUAACUAAGCGCAAAAGUCUUGUCUACAGCGUCUUAGAAAGGGAGUCUGGCGUGGGGUCAGCUUACGACGAAAUGGGCUCUGAAACAGAGCCCGAAGCUAAUGGAGGCUAUGGCGCUGCACUAGUAGAGUUUCGUCGUAAAAUGUCUGCCAAUAAGCAGUUGAGUUACACAGAAUCCUACAGCCGGCAAGCAACCUUGCCUUUGGAUGCUCAAGCACAAACUAUCACUGCACACACCUUGAAUGCUGACACCGAGAACUCAUCGGGACCGGAUGGACCAAUGCCCAAGUCCCACAAAAAUAUGCUGCCCUUCCUGAAGAGAAAAGUGUCACUAGAUCAGAGGCGACUCUCAUCCGCCCGCCUCUCGAACAUCAUGGAUGUUAAUUUCAACCCAGGAGGGGCUGAAAGCAGUGAGGAUGGUCUAGAGGACAGCAGGGUCAAGAGAUCUCGACGGAGGAGGAAAAAUAAGAGAGAAGAGGCAGAGUGGAAAGGACAGUCUUUGGCUGUACCGGAUUCCAAUAGCCAACUCUCAGAUUCUCUGGUGAAGAGUCGUCAUGUGAAACAAGACUUGCAUGGAAAAAGACCAUGUGAUCAUGCUCUGGAAGAUGACACUUCAGACACUGCUACCCCUGACAUCUUGAGCUCUGGAGCUGUGACCCCUGAUCCAUUUGGACCUGAUCUCAGUUCUCCCAUUAAUUCGAACUAUAGAGCCCUUGGUGUGGUUGGAUCUUUAGAUCAGCAGUUGACUUUCAAACUGAAAGAGCUGACCAGUCAAGUGAGAGAAACACAACUCUCCUCCACUGAGGAUGAAUUGGACAGGUUGGAGUAUCAAAUGUGGGAUGAAGAUGAUGAAACAAAAGCGGGAGAUGAAGUCAUGGGAGAUGCUUUAUUGAAGAUUGAGGCUGUUGCAAAAGAAAGAUCAAAUGAAAUUGAAGCCACACAUCAAGUAAGGAGAACUGAGAUGUUGAAAGAAAAUAAUCUGACUUCCAAACUCAGAAAGUUGACCAGUCAGGUCAGUGAGACACUACUUUCCUCCACGGAUGAUGAACUGGACAGGUUUGAGCAUCAAACUGUAAAUGAAGACACAUAUCAAUCAAUGAUAACUGAGAUGCUGGUGGUAGAUGACAGAACAGAUGGAGAAAACAUAUUACAAAGUUACAAAAAACCCCAAAAUCAUGUAGAGAAGAUGGUUGAAAAAGCAGAAGAAGAGAGAUCAGAGAAAAAGCAAAAGGACAAUGUGGCAGAGCAGGAGAUUCGUAAGCAAAAGGAUACACAAAUGUCAGAAGAAAUGAGCUCUGGGAGCCAAAAACGGACACCCGCAGAGAUAGGUGCUCAAAAUGAGAUCGCUAGUAAGAGAAGUGAAGAGACAAAGAACAAGAGAGAAGUUCACACUGAAAAGAGAAAAGCAGAAAUAAAAGAUAUGGUUGAAACUGAGAAUACAGAGAUGAUCGAUCAUAUUGAGAAGCGGGGACAGGCCUUAUCCUCUGAACUGGCUUUGAAUAGAUUUAUAAGUGAAGAUGGUAACAUGGAAUUUGAUAGGGUCAUCGAUGCUGUAGCAAAGGCUUUGGAUGACAUGGAAGAUAACAUAGAAGCUUACACUAGGGAGGGGGGAUUUUUAGACAGGGAGGGAAGUGAGGUAGAGAAACUAGAGAUGAUGGAAGAGAAGGAGAAUGUAACUGAACAAGACAUGGAUGGCAAGACUACAUUUGAGGUGUGCUUUGUUGGUGGACAAUCGAAGAAAAUGAAGGAAAAGGGCAAAAUCAAUGAAUUUGUGGCACUAAAGAACCGCAGUGAAUAUCCUGAGGAGACAGAAGACAAACAAUGCAUCACCUCAUCUGAAGAGAGAGUUCAAAGGAAAGAUGACCUGGUUAAAAUGAAGGAGCAGAGGAACAAGGACACAAUUCAGCACAGCGCCCCAUCUGGUCAGGGGGAAUAUCUGUCACCAGAGGAGAUCUACAAGGAUGCAUACGUGCUGGAGAAAGAGAAAAACCUACAUUUUAUCUCCAGUGUGCUACAGCAGAAGUACUCGGCUGUAUCACUGCGCAGCAUCACCUCCGAGGUGCUGAAAGUACUGAACGCCACUGAGGAUCUGAUUCACGGAUCAAUGGGAGACGGACAAAGCCAAACAGACCGCAGCGACGUCUCAAGCAUUCCCCCUGCCGAGGCCAGAAGACUGGACGAGCAGCUUAGCAGACUGGAGGAGAACGUGUAUGUGGCGGCAGGUACGGUGUACGGGCUUGAGGCUGAACUGGGGGAUCUGGAAGAGUGUGCGCGCAGCAUCGGUGGAUCCACAACCGAAAGUGAGCUGGCUCAUCUGGAGGACCAGGUGGCCUCUGCAGCAGCCCAGGUGCAGCAGUCUGAGCUCCAGGUUUCAGACAUUUCCUCAAGAAUUGCGGCUCUGAAAAAUGCAGGUCUUAAUGUAACUCCACAGACACAAUUUACCAAGGUCAAGACUGUAAAAACCAAGACACAAACCAUCAGCUCAUCUCGGAAACUGAGGAGGCGACUGCCAGCACCUCCAGUACAAGAUAAAGAAGUAUAAAGAGGAUAGAAGGAGACAUCGGCAAGCAUCAUCGCAAAGUUAAAUAACUAAAAAUGUGCCUUGAAGCUCAUGGGUCAUAGAAAAGAUUUUAUGAACUCAAGCUGUGGUGGGAUAGAUUCAAAUGACUGAUGUAUCGCUCAUGCAGUGAUGCCAUAUUACACAAACACAUUGCUCUUAGAUCAGGUUGCUUUAUUACCUCUCUCUCAUCCAUACUAGUGUCUGAAUUAUUUUAAAAUAGUUACUGAAAUGUAAUAACUAAGUAAAUGUAAGAUAUAAAAUUAUGAUGUGGAGCUUUGUUUUGGCAUUUUGACCAUUACUGUGAAUCAAACUCAUCAUUCAAUUAAACUUUUAAUAAUAAUAAUAAUAAUAAUAAUAAUAAUAAAUCCUGUUACAGAAAGUAUGCGAAAAUCUAAGAAUGUUUGUAACAAAAUUGUAGCCAUUGACUUCCAUUCUAUGGUCACUUUUCUUAAAAUAACAUCUUUUAUGUUCCACAGAUGAAAGAAAUAACUAUAUAGAUGUAUAUAAUAGCUGCGUCUGAAAUCGCAUACUCUCUUGUGUAGGUCCUCAUUUUAAAAUGUAAAAAGUAAAUAUGUACUGACCUCUAACAAAGUACAUUCUAUGUAGUAUAAAUGUUUGCUGUGUGAAUGUAAUCUGGAUGUAAUACAUUCAUCAUGUUGUCAUUAUCAUGUGACCUACCCCUCAUGGGAUAGUAAAGCGUCCACCGUAUGCACACUUCAGAAGAAGCUUGUCAUCUGGGUAUUCUUUGCCUGAGUACUGUUUUUCACCUCCUAUAUAGUAUGGGAGUAUGCGAUUUUAGAUGCAGCCAAUGUUUUGCACAUCUGACCAAAUAUUUCCUGCAUUCAUCUUUUUUUAAACAUGAUUUCUCUGAGAUUUAUAGAUUAUUCCAGCCAUGUGUCAGCUAUAUGAAUCACAGUCACUUUAAACUUUAUAUUUGCUCAUACUGUAAAUGUAUGGUGUUAGAUUUGAUAAUAGAUUUACAUGCUAUUGUAAAAACAUUGAUUUAUUGUAUAUGUGUAAAUUAAUAAAUUGAAUUUUUUAGUUUGAUUAUA